AUGACCGUGAGCGCGGCCGUGUUUGCGCUUGGGAGCUUCCACCUAGAGCUCCAGAAAGCCCUGGAGAGGGAGCUUCCUGAAAUUGGGCAUAUCCCACGUUGUCCUAAGCCUACCACCCACGCCUUCCUACCCCAUUCCAGCCCCACUCCCAGGGUAGGAGCUUGUAGCUCCUCCGACGCCGCCUCUGCAGCAGAGAGCAGGCCCAAGUCCCUCCGCUUCAGACCUGGGAGCGGUCAGGCAUCCUGGGGCGUGGUCCGGGGCUGGUGGUCUCCCAGCCUUGGAGCUGGGCGGUGUCUGCCAUGCAUCGCCGAGGAAGAUGGGGUGCCCAUUGCAAAGGGGCGCGCUGGGGCGCGGGGCCGGGUGGUCACGUGUUCCCCCUCCCCGCCACUGCUGCGGGAGUUCCAAUCAGCGCGCCCCAGGGAGCUCCUCCCGGGCAGGAACCACCCGGCUCGGCUGCGGAGGGUUGGCCGGCGUCCCCGCCGAGUAAGGGGCGGUGGUAGCGGCUGCUUGGUUACAAAUGGCCCCUCCGGUCCGGCUGGCCUGCUCGCUCGAGCUCGGGGCGGACCCGCCCAGGCCUGCUCUUCCAGGCGGCUCCCUGAGCCUCAUCGCCUUGCCCGGGGCAGCCCGCUGUCCCGGCCACUCCUGAAGGCUCGCCAGGCACCUAGCACUGAGUUUUGCCUGCGGAGGUUGCGACCGAAGUCUGGACCGCCUCGGCGUGGGGUUCGCCUUCCCGGCAGGUGUUCUUUUGAUACAGUGGAUAGUGACUCUGCUCUUCUGCCUGAGAGUGGUUCAAAAUCCAUGACAGCAUCUUUCUGGUACCUCAAUUAUGAAAACCUGGUGGGAUUUCUGGAGCUAAUACUCAGAAGGCAACAGUCACAUUACACUGCCUUAUGUGAUUAUGUGAUCUGUGUUAGGAGGAGACCUAAUUCAAUGAAAACGACUCAUGACACAGGAAAGUGAGGUAACAGUGUCACUAUGUGGUUCUGUAUCUUUCAUCCUGAGAGCACCCUGAAAAGGCAGAAAGGUUUGUCCGUGUUGUUUUGAUUUGGCCAAUGAAAUAUGAGAAGACAUAAUGUGUGUCAUUUCAAGCAGAGACUUUAAGAUCCAUAAGAGGUUCUGUCAUGUUCCCUACCUCUUUCUAUGUGAGAAGCAGUUUCUGAGACAGGACCAUUUCUUCAACUGACGUACCAAAUCAAACAAGAGGGGAGGCAGAGCUGUGGACAACUCCUACCAAUGCAAAUGAACAAUAAACCUUUGCUGUUGUAAGCUGCCUGUGUCGCUGCUGACUUGGGGUCCUUUGUUACUGCAGCAUCAUAUAGAGUAUACUGACUAUAGGGUUACCCAACAAAUACAUAACAGAGCUGCUUUAUGUCUUAGUGCUGAUUCUCUGACCUGAUUUUUUCCUACAACAUACCACACUGAACAAACCAUAUUUCAGCUAUCAUGAGGUACAGAGAGAAUGACAUCUACCACUUGAGCAGAGAGGACAGGGCUUUUCAUAUUUUCAGUUAGUUUGUAUUCCAAAACCAAUUAGAAAGGAUUUAGUGAUUACUUACUCCAUGGAUCAUUUGUACUGUAGAAAUAAUUAAGAGUACAAUUCCUCAAGCAAAGCCUAGCCCAGUGGUUUAGACUUUCCAUAAACUUGUCUUUCAUAUUCUGCAGAAGGCAUGUCUCAUCUUAUGCAGCACCAAACAUACUGUUGUGUUUAAAAUCAAAGAUAAAAAAUAAAUAAAACAAAAACUCCUGAAAUUUAGAAGGCAUCAAACAAAAAAAUAAGACAGAAUGACAGAAAGGCAGAAAGGCAAAUGAAAAAAUCCCAUUCCAGACGUUGCACAUGAUUGUAAAUAUCAAUUAGGCAUACAAAUUUACUUCAUUAUUUCUAGUUAACAGGUUUUCAAAUAAGCUAAGAACAUUCUGGUGAUGUCUUUACUUAACAUUGUAAUUUCACAAACUGCCAAGAAUAACGAACUCCACCAGGGUAAAUGAAGAUAUGCUUGGAUUUUCUUAAUUGCCACCUUGCUAAAGCUGCAAGCUCAUUGUUUAGUUGUGGGACAAAUGGUUCUCAGCACUGUCAGGCAGGCGCAGGGGACACUGGGUUGCUACACAACCUACCCAUCUCAUUACUGUGUUACUGGCAGCCAUGGCUGAGAAAGGAAACAAAACUUGUUUCAGAAGAGGAGUUGCAAGGGCCUGCGUGGCAGCUACUAACAGAAUGAGGAGCUCUCCUCACUGUUAGAAUGUUUGCUUUCCCGGCACCUGCUCAUCCUCUCUGGGAGAAAGGGCUUGAGGGUAAAGAUCUACUCUACACUGGACCACUAACUCAGCACCCAGUGCAGUGCUUGGAACAAGAUGUGUUCUCAGGAAAUAUGUGGGUGGAUAAAGGGAUGCAUGAAUAAAGGAACACCUCUGUCCUACCCAUACCUCUCAGCCCCUUCCUAUUACUCCCCACUUGUUAGAAGACAGACAUCAUGUUCUCCUUUGACCCUUUGAGGCUAGGUCCCUCCCCUCUACACCUUCAUUCCCUCUCUUGCACUCAAUGCCCUGUCCCACCAGUUCUGAACUCUUCUAAGGCACAAGCCUGCAGCUGAGUCAACUUUUCAUAUUUCUUAGUGUUUCACAAAGCACAUUAUUCUUAGCAGGUGUUCUAUAUAUUUUAAUUCAAAAAAUAAUGUUUUAUAUUCUUAAUGUAUUGUGUCUCAGAAUAUUUCCUCCUUAGAAGGGAAAUGGGAUGAGAAUUAAAAAUGAUGAAUACUUAGCAAAUUGCUGAAGGAGACUUCAGAUACAAACAUAGGGGAAAUAAUUCUUAGAAUCUGACCUCAGAAAUAAAUGGUUUCAACUCCUGGAUGGCAGACUGGCUUUAUGUAUGGUAAGCAUUCUCAGUGGGAGUGAUGUUGUUACCAGGAGGGUGGAAAUUGGUUCAUGGGGGAGGAGUGAACAAAUUCUUAGGUAUUCAAAGGGCCAUGGUACAUAAAGAGAAACACAGUAUAUCUGUGGUACUAACAUUUCAUGGGGAGGGGUGGUGAUUAGAAAAAAAUAUCUAAAUAGACUCCUCGGGGACAGAGAGAUGAUAAUGUAGAAAAGGCUGGGAAACACUUGGUUAUGAGGCUAUUUUCCCAGCCCAAGAAAAGAAGGGUAUCUAUGAUAUUGCAUCUUUAUUUAUAUAUUUCUGCAUAGAGUAGAGGGAUAAAAUAGACAAGAUGGAUGAUUUUGCUAACAGGGUUUUUUUGAGAAUCUUAUACUUUACUUUGAUUUUCAGAUUUUACUUUCUCAGCAAAUUAAACAUGAGAUAAUUCUAUUGGUACCCAUGUUUAAAAAAAUGCUCUGGUUAUUAAAAUCCCAAAGUCUGAGAAUCACUAUGUUGAAUAAUGAGCAACUGAAUCCAUAUGUAAAAUUAGCCCUGUCAAAUGUUAAACGAAGUGACUAGUCUUAAGAGCACAGGAGACAGAUGCUUCAGUCCCAGCAGGAACUUGGGAAAGAGGUGACUUUUCUGUAAGAUCCAGUGCAGUGGUUGAGUGAAUCAGGUUCGUAGUAACUGAUCAGUGUCCGGGCAGUUUUCUUGAUGCCUUAUGUCCACCUACACUCCACGCCAUGCUCUCUCCUCCAGCAUUUCAGUGUGUUAUAUUGUAUUCUGUUUAUUUUAUAUAUUACUGCAAAUUUUGCACUAUUUAGUGUGCUUGUAUUUGUAAUUUAUGUACAUGGUGGUGUUAUCUGUUUUAUUAUAUUCUCUGUUUUUAAGCUCUGGGUUGUUCUGAGGAUUUCUCUGCUGCGUUGUCUUCCCAGGUGUGCACCUAUCAUGGUUUACUCACCACUCUUCUCGAAAUGGACACCCAGGUUGUCUCCAGCUCCGCAGUACCCCAAAUAUCUUGGCAGUAUAUCUUGCCACCCAGGCAUGUCACCUUAAGGACCUGGGUCAGAGUUCCCUGGGUUGUGUCCCAGAGAAGGACUUUCUUGCUUGAUCCUGGAGAUUCAAGAACCAUUUUGAAAAAUCUUUGCACCUCAGUUGUCAUAAUAUGAGAUUUCUGCUGCUUAAUAAUGUUUUAUAUUUCUGAGAUAUUCUACUUGAUAUUGAUAUAUUUUUAUACACUAUUGAAUUCAGUUAAUGUGUCUUUAUACCUGUGUUCAUAAAUGAAAUGUGUUACAAUUUUUAUAAAUUUUUCCUGACUUUCAUCUUUUAUCUAUUUAUGGAGUUAAGAAUACACUAGAUCCACAAAGUGAGCUAGUUAGAUUUUGCUCCCCACUUUUUAUUGUUUUUUUUUCUUAAACAACUUACAUAAGUUAGAAAUCAACGUUUCCUGAAAGUAUAGUGAAGGAGGGAUUUCAGAUGCAAGGGGAGGGGAAGUACUUCUUAGAACCUUUACUGCAUAAAUAAGUGAUUUCAAGUUCUGGUUCACAGACUGGUUCACAUCUAGUUCUGGGAUCAUUUUAGAAGAUAAUCUUUGUCUACCACUUAAAAAUAAUUAUUGGACUAUUCAAGACAUCUCGCACCAAUUUUCUCAGAAUUUAUCCAUUGCGAUUAUUUUUACAAAAGCAAUAGCAUAUAGUUAUUGAUAAUCUUUUGUAUUUUUAUGACAGCUAUAUCUAUGAUUUUUUGCACUGUAUAUUUCUUAAUGGUUUUUAGGAAAAAUUCACUUGCUUUGAAGGAUAUUUGGAGAAUACUUAGAGACCUAAAAAUAGACCUGCCAUUCGAUCCUAUAAUUCCUUUACUAGGUUUAUACCCAGAAGACCAAAAGUCACAAUAUAACAAAGACAUCUGUACCAGCAUGUUUAUUGCAGCCCAAUUCAUAAUUGCUAAGUCAUGGAAGAAGCCCAAGUGCCCAUCGACCCACGAAUGGACUAGCAAAUUGUGGUACAUGAAUACCAUGGAAUACUAUGCAGCCUUAAAGAAAGAUGGAGACUUUACCUCUUU